AUGCUCUGGCGAACAAAGUCCCACCACAGUCAGACCUCUGUGGCGUCCGCGUCCAACAAUGACCCUGCCGCCUCUGCCUCCGCGGCCGCGGGCACGGCUUGGCUUGCGGGUCACUUACACCACCUUACACCGGAACAAGAAGAGAAGCUAGUCGAGUUCAAGGACGUUUGUGCUAAACGUGGAUAUUAUACUGCUGCUGUGGCACCAGCGGAAGGAGUGGAGGAGAAGCCAGCCAGCCAUGAUGAUGCGACCAUGUUGCGCUUUUUGCGUGCUCGCAAGUUCGAGGUUGAGGGGGCGUGGAAUCAGUUCAAGGAUACCGAAGACUGGCGCAAAGAAAAUGCCAUCGAGUCGUUGUACGAUAACAUCGGCGUGGACUCGUAUGAGGCGGCGCGGCGAAUGUAUCCCCAGUGGACUGGCCGUCGUGAUCGCCGUGGUAUCCCUGUCUACGUCUUCGAGAUCCAGCACCUCAACUCCAAGGAGAUGGCCGCUUAUAACUCUACCUUGAGCACCGGUACCCCCGAGACUCACAAAUCCUCUUCCGUGCCCGCGCGCUUGCUCAACUUGUUCGCCUUGUAUGAGAACCUUCUUGGAUUUGUGAUGCCGCUUUGCUCGGCACUUUCACGGCCCAAUCCCGAGACGCCCAUUGUGACUUCUACCAAUAUUGUCGACGUCAGCGGUGUUGGCUUGAAACAGUUUUGGAACUUGAAGAGCCACAUGCAGGAUGCUAGUGUGUUGGCAACGGCUCACUACCCCGAGACCUUGGAUCGUAUCUUUAUUGUUGGUGCGCCUAGUUUCUUCCCUACCGUUUGGGGCUGGAUCAAGCGCUGGUUCGACCCAGGAACCACCUCCAAGAUCUUUAUUCUGUCCGCUGCAGAGGUGCAGCCUACUCUUACUUCGUUCAUGGACCCCUCCAGCAUUCCGAAGCAGUAUGGUGGCGACCUGGAGUGGCAAUGGGGCGAUUUGCCCAACCUGGACGAGCCCAGCCGCGAGCUGCUGAAGGGUGUUGAGGUCCAAGAGGGUGGCAAGCCGGGUCUUUUGAAGGGCCCGAUGCGGUUCAAGGGCGAUCAGAUCGAGGUAGUAGGCACUGAAAACGGCAAGGAGCGCCGUAGCAACAUCCCCGUCCCCAAGACAGGACAGACAGCAUCUGCCUCAGAGGCCAACACAAAGGCCGCUGAGUCCGCGAGCAGCGACGCUGAAUCCACUCCUGUCCCGACGGAGAAUGAGAAGGUCGCGGUCAACGUUGACCAGGUGUCAACCGAGGAGACUCAGACUACUACUGUCGCGGCAUAG